GCGAGGAGGAGAACGUCCCGAAAAACAAGGACAAGGAAUCUCCUCCAAUAAACAUGUUUGAUUCGCUCACAUUAGUCCUGGAAAAAGUGUUCUUCCUCACUCACCUCAAUGUCUUCAGGACCAGUCUGUUGUUUUCAGACACACAGAGAGCGAGGGAGAAGAAUAGGGUUACACAUCACUGCGAGAAAGAGGAGGGGAGAGAGGGGGUCCCGGAUACCUCCACCGGCGCCGGACUCCCAGACUCCAUAUACCAACGGGGAGACUUGCUAGAAGUGCCCCGGACUUUAUUCACUCAUUUCGGCAUCUAUUUAGGGGACAACCGGGUGGCGCAUCUGAUUCCGGAUAUCUUGCCACUCUUUACAACCGACAAGCGUUCCAUCCAGGUGAUGGUAACGAACAAACGGUUAGUUCUCGGAGUUCUAUCCAAGAGCGCCAGCAUCCGGGUGGAUACGGUUGAGGACUUUGCGUAUGGAGCGUCAAUUCUACUGAACACUAUGGAUACUACCGUGCAGAAACGACCGUUGGAUGGCGAAGAGAUCGCGAGGAGAGCGGAGAAACUGGUUGGGAAGAUACCGUACAGCUUGCUGUGGAAUAACUGUGAACAUUUCGUUACUUAUUGCCGGUAUGGCAUCGCAAUCAGCAUUCAGACUGACAAGUUCUGUGAUUGGCUGAAAUCUGUCAUCCGGGAUCAUAGGAGUGCUCCGCUGACGGCGUUCCUGGGAAUUCUGUCUAUCCUCUAUCUAGGAACCGACAGUGCCCUUCCCGCCCUCGUCAUCCCCUUCACCCUCUGGAUGGCUGGCUGAUUCUGGACAUUCCAUAAUGAAUAUGGAAUUAUUGAAUUUCGAUAAUAUGUAUAUAGGUGUAUGUUAUUUUUUAAACCGUUCCAGAAAAUGGGUAGCAAUGACAGCACUAUGACGCUGUCCAGCUACAUUAUCUCAGUCUAGUAUGUCAUUCUCUCAAUACGUUUCAGACCACUAAAAUACCAUCCAUCUAUAACCAUUGUAACACUUCAUACUGUAUUUUGUUAUGUAAAUAAAUACCUGUACAUUGUACUGAGACUGACCUGCA